AUGUCCACUUUCUAUAUGCCAGAACCAGGCCAGCGCCACGCCCCAUCAUUCAGCGGCGACCCCGGAUCAUUAGAGAGGUUUUUCGACGAGUUCGAGCUCUACGCAGUCACAGCUAAUCUCGACGGCUCAACAAAGGUAAUAUAUUCACGCAGGUAUCUCGAUGACAACGAUGAUUAUAGAACAUGGUCCCGAAUUGCGAAGAUUCAUCCGAACGAUUGGAAAGCAUUCAAGAAUGCGAUAUACGACGAGUACCCAGGAUCGCGCAUCAGCGAGUUCACCAGUCUAUCUGAGCUCGAAGAACUCAUCACUCAGUACCGGAAUCAGAUCACGACAGCGGCUCAACUAGGAAAGUAUCGACGACGGUUUACUGACAUAUGCAAAACGUUACAGGAAACUAGCACGCUUAGCGAAUGCGAAGUGAUCCAGCAGUUCCUUAGCGCGUUCCCCGAUGACAUACAGGCCACCAUCGACCCUAUCCUCCAUAUCUUAGCACCAGAGAAGCCGCGGCAUGAAGAAUACGACCUUAACGACAUAUAUCGCGCGGUCCUACAUACCUACAACGGCAGAUCGACGCUCUCGACUCAGGAUAACAGGAUUACGGCACCAGCAUCAGCGGAAGAAAUCCAGUGCGACAUCAGCAUCACGAACUCGCCAGUCCCAGCAGCAACCUCGGCAGCCCAGAGUCCGAUGAAUACGCGCCCAACGAAAUCAGCCUCGACGACAGCAGACACGGCGACAGAAAAGCAGACACGCAAUCUAGGAUCGCACCCAGCAGUCAACAGCCAGGAUCCAGGAACGACACAGCCAACGACUAUCACAACUCGGCUAUCGACCAUCCCAGAACCACACGAACAGCUCGAAGCGAUCCCCUCAGUCAACUCCUGCGCAGCUCAAGACAGAUCACCACCACGGCCAGUACCUUCUGACAAGAACCACAGCGACAACGAAGCGACUAUGGAAUCAAAUUGCGAACUCGACACCGACAACUUGCCACUACCAGCGCCUGAACCUCCAGACAGCGAAGACAAGAGUAACGACAAUGAAACAGCUAUACCGGUACCCCACAAACUCGACGGCACACUAUCACUUCCACGAACCAUUUCUGCGCCUCACACCACCACAGCAGUAGCACGGCGAAAUGAAGCGCUAGAAAUUCGACACGAAGUCUAUCGACAACGCCACAGAGAAGGAAUCGGCACGCAGAACGAAGAACUCGGCCCUAGCAUUUCGCAAGGAGAUCGACGGCAACGGCAUCAACUCUCAAGUCUACGGCUAGCUCGACCACACGCCAGACGGUACUCAAGACGACGGCAACGGCUACGCAAGCGGCGUCCCCCCGAACGAACUCAUUCAGGGUACCACUACGACAGCUAA